UGAAUUUGAGUUUUAGAGCGAUAUGAGAUGAGAUGAAAGAAGUGUGAAGGAGAAAAUGACGGAAACUUGGAUCCGAACCGCAGUUGAAGCCAUACACUCCUCUCCAUUUCAAGCCGUUCUCUAUCUCGCCGGUGGAGCUUCUCAGGUUUUGGGUUUGUUGCUAUCUGUUCCUGGUGCUUCAAAUACUGUGCUUGAAGCUGUGGUUCCUUACUCUAGGAUGUCCAUGAUCCAAUUACUUGGCAAGAUUCCACCCCAGUUUUGUAGCCAACAGACUGCUGAAGAUAUGGCCUUAUUGGCUUAUAAUCGUGCUCUUAAGCUAUCCACGCCAGGAUCCCCAGUUGUUGGUGUGGGCUUUACUGGCUCUUUGGCUAGCAGUCGACCAAAACAUGGGGAACACAGAUUUUAUAUGUCAACAAGGACAGCUGACCGACUUUGGAUAUCACAAGUGACCUUGACUAAGGGGCUUCGUACUCGAGAAGAAGAGGAUAGGGUUUCUAGUCAUCUUUUGCUCAAGGCAAUUGCAAAUGUAUGCAAAGUUCCAGCAACAGCUGUUUUGGAGUUGAGUGAAUCAGAUGUAUCUGAUGAAUGUGAAAAGCAAUUCAAUGAAGAUCAAGAGUUAGAACAACUUAUAAAUGGUCAAAUAUGCUUUAAAAUGUAUCCAUUUUCCAGUGAGAUACCGGCAGAAAGGAAAAUAAUACUCUCCGGUUCUUUCAAUCCAUUACAUGAUGGGCAUCUCAAGCUCAUGGAAGUUGCUACUGGCAUUUGUGGUGAUGGGUAUCCAUGCUUUGAACUAACUGCAGUCAAUGCAGACAAACCUCCAUUAUCAGUGCCUCAGAUCAAAGAUCGCAUCAAGCAAUUUGAAAAAGUUGGAAAGACAGUAAUUAUAUCCAAUCAGCCUUAUUUUUAUAAGAAGGCUGAACUUUUUCCAGGCAGUACUUUCGUUAUUGGCGCUGACACAGCAGUGAGGCUUAUUAAUCCUAAAUACUAUGAUGGGGACUACGACAAGAUGCUGAAGAUACUUAUUGGUUGUAAACAAACCGGAUGCACUUUCCUUGUGGGUGGUCGGAAUGUAGAUGGUGCUUUCAAGGUUCUUGACGAUCUUGAUGUUCCAGAGGAAUUAAAAGACAUGUUCAUCUCCAUUCCAGCUGAACAGUUUCGCAUGGAUAUAUCCUCCUCUGAAAUAAGAAAAAGAAGUGGGCUGUAAAUAUUUUUAUGGCUAAUAUAUAGUCCAGGAUGAAAUCACUUCCUUCCGAUUGUGAGGUGAAGUUUUCUGAUCCAAGGUUGUGUGUGCAUUAAACAAUCUUUGUCGUAUUUUACUAUAUAAUAAUAAUAAUAAUAAAUUAAGGGUCAAGAUCUCUGAAGUUUUUGAAAGAACUGCAGAGCAUCUUGAUCCAUACAAGGAGGAGCCCUGUAUGUGUCAAACAUGUAUCGAAUACUCGUAAGACGCGUCUUAAUGGGAUAUGUGUCUGUAUGUAGUAAUUCUUUUGUAUGUGUAAAAGACAAUCAUGUCUCUGUGAACGCUUGAUGUCUUUAACUCUUUAUCUUUUAUACGGAUAAAAACUGAAU